CCUAGAUAUCUGUCUCUUCGAUCUCAUCACUCACAAAUAUUUUCCUUUUUUCUUUUGGCUAAUUCUUUUCCUUUGCAGCAGCCUCUCAAUUUUUCCCUCUCCCCAAAUCCUAACCUUCAAACCUCCAGCCUUCUUCUAACAGGCUAGCAGGAUGGGAGAGACCAGGGACAACGAGUACGAGGAUGAACUUCUUGACUAUGAGGAAGAAGAUGCUCAAGCUCCUGACUCUGUCGCUACCAAAGCCAAUGGUGAAGCCGCCAAGAAGGGCUAUGUUGGAAUUCACAGUUCAGGAUUCAGGGACUUCCUUUUGAAGCCAGAGCUUCUUCGAGCUAUCGUGGACUCUGGAUUUGAGCAUCCAUCAGAAGGUAAUAUACUACUAUCACACUAUUGAUUUCGGAGCAGUAUUCUGGUUUGGUAAACCUUUCAUCACGGACGUUAUAUUUUACUUACCUACGGUUCCUUGGAUACGAUUUUAUUUGGUUCUUCAUCAGUGCAACAUGAAUGUAUACCUCAAGCUAUUUUGGGGAUGGAUGUCAUUUGCCAAGCUAAAUCUGGGAUGGGAAAGACUGCAGUUUUUGUUCUUUCAACCUUGCAGCAAACUGAGCCAAACCCGGGCCAAGUUACUGCACUUGUUUUAUGUCAUACCAGAGAGUUAGCUUAUCAGAUCUGCCAUGAGUUUGAGCGAUUCAGUACAUAUCUGCCUGAUAUCAAGGUUGCUGUCUUUUAUGGUGGUGUUAAUAUCAAAAGUCACAAAGAUCUGCUGAAAAAUGAAUGCCCUCAAAUUGUUGUUGGCACACCAGGAAGAAUACUAGCUCUUGCAAGAGAUAAAGACCUAUCAUUGAAGAAUGUGAGGCAUUUUAUCCUUGAUGAAUGUGACAAGAUGCUUGAAUCACUCGACAUGAGAAGAGAUGUGCAGGAGAUAUUCAAGAUGACUCCUCAUGAUAAGCAAGUUAUGAUGUUUUCGGCAACACUCAGCAAAGAAAUCCGCCCAGUCUGCAAGAAAUUUAUGCAAGAUCCAAUGGAAAUAUAUGUUGAUGAUGAGGCCAAGUUGACUCUUCAUGGUCUUGUACAGCACUACAUCAAAUUGAGUGAGCUGGAGAAGAAUCGGAAGCUGAAUGACCUCCUUGAUGCAUUGGACUUUAAUCAAGUUGUAAUCUUUGUCAAAAGUGUGAGCAGAGCUGCAGAGUUGAACAAGUUACUUGUUGAAUGUAAUUUUCCCUCUAUAUGCAUCCAUUCUGGGAUGUCUCAGGAAGAAAGGUUGACACGUUACAAGGGUUUCAAGGAGGGAAACAAGAGGAUUCUUGUGGCCACAGAUUUGGUUGGAAGAGGAAUUGACAUUGAGCGUGUCAAUAUUGUCAUCAAUUAUGACAUGCCAGAUUCUGCUGACACUUAUCUUCACAGGGUUGGUAGAGCUGGUAGGUUUGGCACUAAGGGUCUUGCAAUUACUUUUGUUUCCUCUGCAUCUGAUUCCGAUAUUCUUAAUCAGGUUCAAGCAAGAUUUGAGGUGGAUAUAAAGGAACUUCCAGAGCAGAUUGAUACAUCUACAUACAUGCCAUCAUAAGGGAAGGAUGAUGGAGGGAGGCUUUUUGAAGUUAAAUCUGGAUGUGGGUUCCGCUGGCCCUUUUAUGUACCUCUUGAAACUGAAGUCCAAUAUGAUCUACAUAUGUGAUAUUGGAGACACCAAGUCGGAUAGAUUCUCUUAUUCUCAGUUGUUUUAUACUGCUUUGUAGAGUUGCAUCUAAGACCUUUUAUUCUGUUGCUUUUGGGAACUUUACUACUAGUAUUUUUUUUUUUAAAUUUUGCAUUAGAAUUGCAUAUAAAUUCUGGUGAUAGUUUGGUGUUGAUGAUUAGAUUGUUAGACAUGAUUUUAAUGUUAUAAUUUAAUAAGUUGGACUUAUUAGGUACCUAUUGUAGGAUAUUCGAGACAUGAAGUGAAUUAGAUUGUAGUUUAGUGGAGUGUUUGUAUUAGCGGUCGGUUUUUAAGUUAAAAUUUCAGGUUCAACUAAAUGAGAAUGUGGACAUGUCUUUGUCAA